CCAACAUAUCGGCAAUGAUGAUGUGAAAUUUUUUCAUCGCAAGUUCGAUAUUAUGAAACGUCAUGAGUUUGUGUGGGAGCCUUACCCAUCAACCGUUAUGUCAUUCUUGCCUCCCGUUUGUUUAGUCGGAAGUCUCGCGUGGUACGCGGUGGUGCCACUAAUUUGUUUCCAAGUUAUUGAGUGACACCAACCGGACAGAGUCUUGAGACAAUUUGGGAUGCAACAACCAGUUCCAGAGUCUCCUUCACAACCCCUAAACAUUCAUGGCAUAACAUUAAAGGGGAAACAUGACGAAAAUUGGGGGCAAUUGUUCGCCCCAAUGAUUCAGCAGUGGAAUAAUCGGCAUGCAUUUAGGGUCGACGCUUAUCCCCGACAAGAAGGCCUAUUGAGUUUUAACUCGGACUACAUGGUCUGGUAUAGGCGAAAGACAAAGAUGUUUGUUGACCCAGAAAAUGCAAAGACGGCUACAUUGGGUGAAGUUGCAGAGGCAUUACAAUACAUGGUGUCUCCUCAAGGGAGGAAAACAUGCACAUUUGAUGAUCUCGUGCCUUAUGUGGAAAAAAUUACAAUUUUAUCCGAAGAGCAAGAGAGAGUCACUGAGCCAGUGUCACAUGGUCCCGCAUCAGAGCGUCAAUUUCCCGCACAACAGUUUCACAUGCUUCAGUCAAGUAUUGAAACUCAGGGGAUAGACAGAAGAAGGGACACUGUUGAAGCGGAAGAAUAUUCCCAACAAAUGGCGGAGCGUGGCCAUGGAAUGUAUUACACGCCACAAACAUUUGCUGAGUAUCCGACACAGAUGUAUCAGUAUCCUUUUCAGGGUCAUGACACUGAUACUUCUGCAACCCAGCAAUCGUUCGGUGGUUUUGCGGAAACACAAGCUCAAUUUUCAUGGCCCACAAUGACCCCUUCAUAG